AUGCCCUCCGCCGCGCACUACCCGCAUCGGCACUCCCUCAAGCACACGUGUCUCAUGCAUCCUUCCCCCCUUCCGCUCCGCCUCCUCCCUCCCCCUCCCCACGUUCCGCACGUGCAGUUUCUCGUGGCGGGCGGCGCACUGGACGUGGAGAUCUUCAACCGCGGCAUGCAGCCGUUGGCGUAUAGCAUAAAGACAAAGAACAUGGGCGGCGUGAUGAGCCGCUACCUGGACGGCAUCUUUUUCCUGUUUAUCUUCGCCGCGCGCUCCGAAGCGCAGGUGAAUCUGCAGCAGCGCCUCAACCGCGACGAUGACGUCAUCCGCUCCACCACCUUCCGCCUCAAGGCGUGA